AUCCAGGCGCCUCCCGCAGCGCCCCCGUGGCUGUCGGAGAGAUGGAGAUGCAAUCCUACUGCACCAAGCUCCUGGGAGAGCUGAACGAACAGCGCAAGAGGGACUUCUUCUGCGACUGCAGCAUCAUCGUGGAAGGGCGCAUCUUCAAGGCCCACAGGAACAUUCUCUUCGCCAACAGCGGCUACUUCCGAGCCCUGCUCAUCCACUACAUCCAGGACAGCGGGCGGCACAGCACCGCCUCGCUGGACAUCGUCACCUCCGAGGCCUUCUCCACCAUCCUCGACUUCCUCUACUCCGGGAAGCUGGACCUGUGUGGCGAGAACGUGAUCGAAGUGAUGUCGGCCGCCAGCUACCUGCAGAUGAACGACGUGGUGAACUUCUGCAAGACCUACAUCCGAUCGUCGCUGGAUAUCUGCCGAAAGAUGGAGAAGGAGGCCGCGGUGGCAGCGGCCGUGGCAGCAGCAGCGGCGGCAGCAGCGGCGGCGGCAGCUGCUCACCAGGUGGACGGCGGGAGCCCCAGCUCAGGCCGGGAAGGGGCCGCCUGCGAUGCCAAGAGCCUGGUGUCCUCCUCGGCCGAGGGGGAGAGUUCACACUGUCCCCGAGAGCCCUCUUGUGGGGACUGCAGAGACUGCCACCCGCUGGCCCUGGUGGUGAAAGACCACCUGGGCGGUGGCUGUUCCUCCUCGGACCCUGACCUGUCGGCCCUUUCCAAACCAGUGGAGCCCAAGGUGGAGCUGGACGCCGACGAAGUGGAGGUGGAGGUGGGCGAGCCCCUGCCACAGUACGCGGCCCCGCUGAGCCUGGCACACGUGGAGGAGGGCUUGCCCAGUGGCCCAGCCGUGGACCUGGCUUACAGUAACUACCACAUGAAGCAAUUCCUCGAAGCCCUCCUGCGCAACAGCGCUGUCCAGAGCAAAGAGGACGCAGAGCAUCACUUUGCCCGGAGUCUGGAGGGAAGACCGGAGGGGGCAGGCAUGGCCAUGAGUUCCAUGAUGGAAGUCCAGACUGACUGGUAUGGAGAGGACUCAGGCGAAGUGCUGGUGGUGCCCAUUAAGCUCCACAAGUGUCCUUUCUGCCCUUACACUGCCAAGCAGAAGGGUAUCCUGAAACGUCACAUCCGCUCCCACACAGGUGAGCGGCCCUACCCCUGCGAGACAUGUGGGAAGAGGUUUACACGCCAGGAGCACCUUCGGAGCCACUCCUUAAGUGUUCACAGAUCCAACCGUCCAAUCAUCUGCAAAGGCUGCCGGCGAACCUUCACAAGUCAUGUGUCACAGGGGCUGCGGCGCUUCGGGCUGUGUGACAGUUGCACCUGUGUGACUGACACGCAUGAUGAUGACGACGACUUGAUGAUGCCCAUCAACCUGAGCCUGGUGGAAGCUUCUUCCGAAAGCCAAGAGAAGAGCGACACAGACAAUGACUGGCCAAUCUAUGUUGAAUCGGGGGAGGAGAACGAAGUGGCGGGAGAUGAUUCUGAGGACAGACCACAGAUGCAGCCCAACUUUUCAGAUCGAGAGACUCUCACGUAG